AUGAGUUCCGAUGCCGAGAUGGCCAUUUUUGGAGAGGCGGCUCCCUACCUGCGGAAGCCAGAGAAGGAGAGAAUCGAGGCACAAAACCGCCCCUUUGAUUCUAAGAAAGCCUGCUUUGCAGUAGAUGAUAAGGAAAUGUACGUGAAAGGUAUGAUCCAGAGCAGGGAAAAUGACAAAGUCACGGUCAAGACGCUGGAUGACCGGACACUCACCCUGAACAGUGACCAGGUGUUCCCCAUGAACCCUCCCAAGUUUGACAAGAUCGAGGACAUGGCCAUGAUGACGCAUCUGCACGAGCCCGCCGUGCUGUACAACCUCAAAGAGCGUUACACAGCCUGGAUGAUCUACACCUACUCGGGCCUCUUCUGCGUCACCGUCAACCCCUACAAGUGGCUGCCGGUGUACAACCCCGAGGUGGUGGCCGCCUACCGAGGCAAGAAGCGCCAAGAGGCCCCGCCCCACAUCUUCUCCAUCUCCGACAACGCCUAUCAGUUCAUGCUGACGGAUCGAGACAAUCAGUCCAUCCUCAUCACCGGAGAAUCCGGCGCGGGGAAGACCGUGAACACCAAGCGUGUCAUCCAGUACUUUGCAACAAUUGCGGUCACUGGGGACAAAAAGAAGGAGCAGCAGCCAGGCAAGAUGCAGGGGACCCUGGAAGAUCAAAUCAUCCAGGCCAAUCCCCUGCUGGAGGCCUUUGGAAACGCCAAGACUGUGAGGAAUGACAACUCCUCAAGAUUUGGGAAAUUCAUUCGGAUUCAUUUCGGAGCCACGGGAAAGCUGGCAUCUGCAGACAUCGAAACCUAUCUCUUAGAAAAAUCCAGAGUGACAUUUCAGCUGUCCAGUGAGAGAAGCUAUCACAUUUUUUACCAAAUCAUGUCAAACAAGAAGCCAGAACUAAUCGACUUGCUCCUCAUUUCAACCAAUCCCUUUGACUUCCCCUUCGUGAGCCAAGGAGAGGUCACCGUGGCCAGCAUCGAUGACAGUAAAGAGCUACUGGCGACUGAUAACGCCAUUGACAUUCUGGGCUUCAGCUCAGAGGAGAAAGUCGGGAUCUACAAGCUGACAGGCGCCGUGAUGCAUUAUGGGAACAUGAAGUUCAAGCAGAAGCAGCGAGAAGAGCAGGCGGAGCCUGACGGCACCGAAGUGGCUGACAAAGCUGGAUACUUAAUGGGUCUGAACUCUGCAGAAAUGCUGAAGGGCCUGUGCUGUCCGAGGGUGAAGGUUGGGAACGAGUAUGUCACUAAAGGCCAAAAUGUCCAGCAGAAGCAGGCUCCAGGAGUCAUGGACCACUACUUGGUCAUGCAUCAACUGCGCUGUAACGGGGUCCUUGAGGGCAUCCGGAUUUGCAGGAAAGGAUUCCCCAGCCGGAUCCUCUAUGCUGACUUUAAACAGCGCUACCGGAUCCUCAAUGCCAACGCCAUCCCCGAAGGGCAGUUUAUUGACAGCAAAAAUGCUUCUGAGAAGCUGCUGAGCUCCAUCGACGUGGACCGUGAGCAGUAUAGGUUUGGCCACACCAAGGUGUUUUUCAAAGCCGGACUUCUUGGACUCCUGGAGGAGAUGAGGGACGAGAAGCUGGCGACCCUAAUGACACACACGCAGGCCAUCUGCCGGGGGUACCUGAUGCGGGUGGAGUUCAAGAAGAUGAUGGAGAGGAGGGAGUCCAUCUUCUGCAUCCAGUACAACAUCCGCGCCUUCAUGAACGUCAAGCACUGGCCCUGGAUGAACCUGUUCUUCAAGAUCAAGCCCCUCCUCAAGAGCGCGGAGGCCGAGAAGGAGAUGGCCACCAUGAAGGAGGACUUCGAGAGGGCCAAGGAAGAGCUGGCCAGAUCCGAGGCUCGCCGGAAGGAGCUGGAGGAGAAGAUGGUGACCCUGCUGCAGGAAAAAAAUGACCUCCAGCUACAGGUCCAGUCUGAAACAGAAAAUCUGAUGGACGCCGAGGAGCGGUGUGAGGGACUCAUCAAAAGCAAGAUUCAACUGGAAGCCAAAGUCAAGGAGCUGAGCGAGAGGCUGGAAGAGGAAGAAGAGAUGAAUUCGGAGCUGGUGGCCAAGAAGAGAAACCUGGAAGAUAAAUGCUCAUCCCUCAAGAGAGACAUCGACGAUCUGGAGCUGACCCUGACAAAAGUGGAAAAGGAGAAACAUGCCACUGAGAACAAGCUUGAGGGCUCCUUGGAGCAGGAGAAGAAGCUCCGGGCGGACCUGGAGAGAAUGAAGAGGAAGCUGGAAGGAGACCUGAAAAUGUCCCAGGAAUCCAUCAUGGAUCUAGAAAAUGAUAAGCAGCAACUAGAGGAGAAAUUGAAAAAGAAGGAGUUUGACAUCAGUCAGUUACAAACCAAAAUUGAGGACGAACAAGCACACGGUUUGCAAUUACAAAAGAAGAUCAAAGAACUACAGGCCCGCACAGAAGAGCUGGAGGAGGAAAUCGAGGCAGAGCGGGCCUCCCGGGCCAAAGCAGAGAAGCAGCGUUCGGACCUCUCCCGAGAACUGGAGGAGAUCAGCGAGCGGCUGGAAGAAGCCGGCGGGGCCACUUCCGCCCAGAUCGAGAUGAACAAGAAGCGGGAGGCCGAGUUCCAGAAGAUGCGCAGGGACCUGGAGGAGGCCACCCUGCAGCACGAAGCCACGGCGGCCACCCUGAGGAAGAAGCACGCGGACAGCGUGGCCGAGCUGGGGGAGCAGAUAGACAACCUACAGAGGGUCAAGCAGAAGCUGGAGAAGGAGAAGAGCGAGUUGAAGAUGGAGAUCGACGACCUGGCCAGUAACAUGGAGACCGUCUCCAAGGCCAAGAGUAACAUGGAGAGAAUGUGCCGGACCGUGGAAGACCAGUUUAAUGAGAUCAAGGCCAAGGAUGACCAACAGACACAGCUGAUCCAUGAUCUGAACAUGCAGAAGGCAAGACUGCAGACCCAAAAUGGGGAGCUGCGCCAUCAAGUGGAAGAGAAGGAGUCUCUGAUUUCACAGCUGACCAAAGGCAAGCAGGCCCUCACCCAGCAGCUGGAGGAGCUUAAGAGGCAACUGGAAGAAGAAACCAAGGCCAAGAACGCGCUGGCCCACGCCCUGCAGUCCUCCCGCCACGACUGUGACCUGCUGCGGGAACAGUACGAGGAGGAGCAGGAGGGCAAGGCCGAGCUGCAGAGGGCACUGUCCAAGGCCAACAGCGAGGUGGCCCAGUGGAGGACCAAAUACGAGACGGACGCCAUCCAGCGCACAGAGGAGCUGGAGGAGGCCAAGAAAAAGCUGGCUCAGAGGCUCCAGGAAGCAGAGGAAAACACAGAGGCAGUGAGUGCCAAGUGCGCCUCCUUGGAGAAAACCAAGCAGAGGCUUCAGGGGGAAGUGGAUGAUAUGAUGCUGGACUUGGAACGCACCAACACAGCCCGUGCCAUCCUGGACAGGAAGCAGAGAGACCUGGAUAAGGUCCUUGCAGAGUGGAAGCAAAAGCUGGACGAGAGUCAGGCUGAGUUGGAAGCCGCUCAGAAAGGAUCCAGGUCACUUAGUACUGAAAUCUUCAAGAUGCAGAAUGCCUACGAGGAGGUGGUGGACCAGCUGGAGACACUGAGGCGGGAGAAUAAAAACCUGCAAGAAGAGAUUUCCGACUUAACCGAGCAGAUUGCAGAGACUGGCAAGAAUCUGCAGGAAGUGGAAAAGACCAAGAAGCAGGUAGAGCAAGAAAAGUCAGACCUCCAGGUGGCCCUGGAGGAGGUGGAGGGUUCCCUGGAACACGAGGAGAGCAAGAUCUUGCGCAUCCAACUGGAGUUGAGCCAGGUGAAAUCCGAGCUUGACCGCAGGGUCACUGAGAAGGACGAAGAAAUCGAGCAGCUGAAAAGAAACAGCCAGCGGGCCGCAGAGGCCAUGCAAAGCGUGCUGGAUGCCGAAAUCCGGAGCCGGAACGAUGCCCUGAGGCUGAAAAAGAAGAUGGAGGGAGACCUCAACGAGAUGGAGAUCCAGCUGGGCCAUUCCAGCCGCCAGGUGGCAGAGACCCAGAAGCACCUGCACACCGUGCAGGGCCAGCUCAAGGCUUCCCAGCUGCACCUGGAUGACGCCCUGAGGAGCAACGAGGACCUCAAGGAGCAGCUGGCCAUUGUGGAGCGCAGGAAUGGCCUCUUGCUGGAGGAGCUGGAGGAGCUGAAGGCAGCCCUGGAGCAGACCGAGCGGACCCGCAGGCUGUCGGAGCAGGAGCUUCUGGACGCCAGCGACCGUGUGCAGCUCCUGAACUCGCAGAACACGAGCCUGAUAAAUACCAAGAAAAAACUGGAAGCCGACAUAGCUCAGUGCCAGGCGGAGGUGGAGAACUCAAUGCAGGAGUCCAGAAACGCAGAGGAGAAGGCCAAGAAGGCCAUCACGGAUGCGGCCAUGAUGGCCGAGGAGCUGAAGAAGGAGCAGGACACCAGCGCCCACCUGGAGCGGAUGAAGAAGAACCUGGAGCAGACGGUGAAGGACCUUCAGCACCGUCUGGACGAGGCUGAGCAGCUGGCCCUGAAGGGCGGGAAGAAGCAGAUCCAGAAACUGGAGAACCGGGUGCGGGAGCUGGAAAGUGAGCUGGACGCCGAGCAGAAGAGGGGGGCCGAAGCUCUGAAGGGGGCUCACAAAUAUGAGCGCAAAGUCAAGGAAAUGACGUACCAGGCUGAGGAGGACCGCAAGAACAUCCUUAGGCUCCAGGACCUGGUGGACAAGCUUCAGGCCAAAGUGAAGGCGUACAAGAGGCAGGCCGAGGAGGCUGAGGAGCAGGCCAACACACAGAUGUCCAAGUGCCGGAGGGUCCAGCACGAGCUGGAGGAGGCGGAGGAGAGGGCCGACAUUGCAGAGUCCCAGGUCAACAAGCUCCGGGCCAAGAGCCGAGAUGUGGGGAGCCAGGUGAGAGCAGACGUCCCGAGACCAGGACCAGGGGAGCACCCCUGGGAGAGUGUGGAGGACUGGCAGAAGGGGGCUGGGGAGCAGUAUGCCACGAUCGUCAUGGCAACACGCUCCCUGGUGGGUCCUGGGCUGCACUCCCAGGCAGGGGAAGUGGAUCCCAAGUGUGCGUCCCUCAUGGAGUGGGCAUCAGAAAGCAAGACUGCCGGGAAACAGACGGGGCUGUUAGCAGGUGUCCUAUCUGCAGAGGCAGACAGCCAGGUGGGCAAAGCCAGUGAGCCCGGCACUCAGGAAUGGGGUGUCCAGCAGAAAGGUCUGCAGCAGACCGGACUCUCCAGUCCCCAGCCCAGCUGGGGCUUGGUCUUCUUGGCUGCAGCCCCUGUCACUGCUGCUAAGUGGUGGACAUCCUGUUGA